UCUCUUUCUGAUUUCCCCUUUCAGCGAUUACGUGUCUUUACGUUUAAUUGUUUUCAUGUUAAAUUAAUUACUUCUCAUUUAGAUUAAUUUAAUUUCUCUUUCAAUUAGUAGUGUUCCCUUAGAUUGUAUCAAUUGUUUUCUACCAAAAUGGAGGAUAUAAAGUCCAUCUUAUUGACUGUUGUUUCUAUCGUAUUAUCCAUGGCCGUCAUUGGAAAUGCUUAUUACCAGAAGAAACAAUUUUAUCCUUCAGUUGUCUACAUAACUAAAUCUAAUCCAUCAAUGGCGGUCAUUUAUUCACAAGCAUUUGUCUUUGUCCUUUUAAUGGGUAAACUUAUGAGAAAGAUAUUUUUCGGCCAAUUACGAGCAGCCGAAUUGGAACAUUUAAUUGAGAGAGCUUGGUAUGCGGUAACAGAGACUUGUCUUGCAUUUACCGUUUUUCGUGAUGAUUUGAGUCCCAAAUUUGUGGCUCUUUUUACAUUACUUUUAUUUCUCAAAUGUUUCCAUUGGCUGGCAGAAGAUCGUGUUGACUUUAUGGAGAGAAGUCCAAAUAUACCAUUUAUUUUCCAUUUUCGAGUAAUAUCACUUCUCUGUCUAUUAGCAUUCCUUGAUAUCUUCUUUGUGAAUUUAGCUUAUUACAGUACAUUGACUAAAGGAGCAUCUGUUCAACUAGUAUUUGGUUUUGAGUAUGCAAUCCUUUUUACGGCUGUUUUUAACAUAGUCAUGAAAUAUGGUCUUCACUUUAUGGAUCUUCGACGUGAAAAUCCAUGGGAGAAUAAGGCUGUUUACUUAUUGUACACUGAGCUUUUGAUGGGAUUUUUAAAAGUUAUUCUUUACCUUACUUUCAUCUCGAUAAUGAUGAAAAUUCAUACCUUCCCAUUAUUUGCCAUUCGACCAAUGUACCUAAGCAUGAGAGCCUUAAGAAAAGCUCUUAAUGAUGUAAUAAUGUCUCGUCGAGCAAUACGAAAUAUGAAUACAUUAUAUCCAAAUGCUUCAGCUGAAGAUUUGGCUAAUAAUGAUAAUAUUUGUAUAAUUUGUCGAGAAGAGAUGACAGGCAAUGGUUCGGCCAAGAAACUUCCCUGUAAUCAUAUUUUCCAUGUUUCUUGUUUACGUUCAUGGUUCCAGCGACAACAAACUUGCCCUACCUGCCGAAUGGAUGUUCUUCAAUCAAUUACACCCCAACAACCCGCUCCCCAACAAGCUAAUCGUCAGGUCAGAGCUGGAGCACCAGUUAAUCAAGCAGCUCAACCUCCGUUGCCUCCUCAAGUUCAAAUUCUGCUUGGUCCUUUUCUUGCCCAAUUUGCACAACAAAUGCAACAAAAUCAACAGCAAGCUCAACAGCAGCAACAACAACAGCAACAACAACAACAACAACAAUCAACAUCUAACCAACAGUCUCAGGCACCGGCUACUAGUGUCACCUCUUCAACUGCAACCACAUCUACCGGUGCAUCAACAUCAUCAACUUCAUCAUCAUCCAAUCAAUCACAACCAUCAUCAUCAUCAUCGUCAUCAUCAUCUGUAUCGUCAACAUCAACAACCACAUCAACUACUACAUCAAAUUCAUUGCCUCGAUCUAUAUUCACUUUACCAGGUUUUCCUCACUUCAUGCCUUUUGUGCCAUUCCCUCCACCACCUCCACCUCCACCUAUGGCUACAUCACCACCCAAUUUAUCUCAAUUAACUGAUGAAGAAUUGAGAAAAAUGGAGGGUACAGAAAGAGAAGCAGUUGAGGCAAGAAUUAAAUGUCUUCUCAACAUUAAAACUCUUCUUGAUUCUGCUGUUGCUCAACUUAAUCAAUAUCAACUAGUCGCUGGUCCACUCUUUGCUGGCCUUGAUCGACAAGGAGAAUCAUCUUUAUUAUCCUCUUCAUUAUCAUCAUCAUCAUUAUCACCACCAACAACAACCAGUAAUUCACAAAAAAUUAAUCUUGCUAAUCAUGUGCCGGAUGAUGUGAGGAAACUAAGAAUCCAAAGGUUUUCUCAAACCAAUACUCCAAUGGUUGAUAAUAAAAGCAACAUUUUAGGAUAUGAAAUUGAUACCAGAGGCAAUGAUAAACCUUCAACGUCCAGCCCACAAUCGUCAAGUGGUCAACAAUCAAAUGGUGAUGAUGAAAGCAAACAUGUGCCAACGGAUACAAAGCAAGAGAGCUAAAGAAAUACAAUUAGAAUCACUAAUAAUAGAAAUAGAUUGUUUUUUAAUCAAUCGGUAUUAGUAAUCGCGAUAUCAGAUCAAUUCAGUGAUAAAUUUGAUUCUUAUAGCAAACAGAAAAUAUGUGAUCUUCUCAUCUCCUAUUCUUCUCGUUCUUUUCUUCUUAUCUCCCUAUUUCUCUCUCUCUCUCUCUCUCUCUCUCUCUCUCUCUUUCUUUCUUUCUAUUUGCAAUCACACUCUCAUCACAAUGUUUGCAUAUAAAUAUUUAUUUUCUCAACCCGUUCUCUCCUAUAACCUUAAUUUAAGGUUCCAUAGAUAAUGAUGAUUGAUUUAAUUGGUGUUUCUUUCCUUUGGAUAAAUUAUCUCUCUCUCUCUUUCUCUCUCGCUCUCCAUUUACCAUCCAUUUACCAUCCAUCACACCGUCAAUGAUUGUUACUACUGAAUCAACUUAUACCAUUGAAACAAAUUUAAAUCCAGAUCCUCACUUGUUCAUCAAACAACAAUCAACAGAAAACAUCUCUGAUUAAUUUUUGAACAAAGUUUCUCUCUCUCUAUUAACUUAUCAUAUAAACACACACAUACAAUAUAAUCCAAUAAGAAAACAUUGAGAAGCAAAAAAAAAACAUGAAAAUUAUAUUUAUCAUAAUGUAAAUACCAAUAAGAAAAUAAGAAAAAUUGUAAUAACAACAAUUAACACCAAAAGCAAUUAAACUAAUGCGCUUGUAUACAAUUAAA